CUGCGGUUAGACCUUCCCUGUUGCUGAAGGCCAGGAGUUGCUGCGUAGCGACGCGCAAAUCUCCGCAGCCCCCUGCGGGCCCACGGGUGGCUGGCCACUGCGCGCCAUCUUCACCGAGCGCUAUGGCAGUGGCCCCGGGGCCGGGAGCGGGCGGGCGCUGCCAGCUCCUGGGCCUCUUCCUUCUUCUACUGAUCGCGGGCCCUGCCCUGGGCUGGAACGACCCUGACAGAAUGUUGUUGCGAGAUGUAAAAGCUCUUACCCUCCACUAUGACCGCUAUACCACCUCCCGUAGACUGGAUCCAAUCCCACAGUUGAAAUGUGUUGGAGGCACAGCUGGUUGUGAUUCUUAUACCCCAAAAGUCAUACAGUGUCAGAACAAAGGCUGGGAUGGUUAUGAUGUACAGUGGGAAUGUAAAACUGAUUUAGAUGUUGCAUACAAAUUUGGAAAAACUGUGGUGAGCUGUGAGGGCUAUGAGUCCUCUGAAGACCAGUAUGUACUAAGAGGUUCCUGUGGCUUGGAGUAUCACUUAGAUUAUACAGAAAUUGGUCUGCAAAAAUUGAAAGAGUCUGGAAAACACCCUGGCUUCUCUUUCUCUGAUUAUUAUUAUAAGUUGUACUCUGCAGAUUCCUGUGGCGUUGGUGGAUUGGUUACCAUUGCCGUGCUGCUUACUAUUGCCUUUGUAAUUUAUAAGUUGUUCCUUAGUGAUGGUCAGUAUUCUCCGCCACCAUAUUCUGAGUAUCCUCCAUAUUCCCAGCAUUACCAGCGGUUCACCAACUCAGCAGGACCCUCUCCCCCAGGCUUUAAGUCAGAGUUCACAGGACCACAAGGAUAUGAAAAUUCAGGACCAGGAUUCUGGACUGGCCUGGGAACUGGAGGAAUAUUAGGAUAUUUGUUUGGCAGCAAUAGAGCAGCAACACCCUUUUCAAACUCAUGGUACUACCCAUCUUACCCUCCGUACUCUAGCACCUGGAAUAGUCGUGCUUACUCACCACUUCAUGGAGGCCCAGGGAGCUACUCAGCAUGUUCAAACUCAGAAACGAAAACCAGAACGGCAACGGGAUAUGGUGGUACCAGAAGACGAUAAGGUAGAAGAUUGAAGUCAAACACUGGAUGCAAAAUUUCUGAUUUUUCAUCCUCUUAAAAAAAAAAAAAAAGCUACUGCUAACAUCUGGGGAAAGGGGAUGUUCAAAAUUUCUGUGGUGUACUGUCCCGUAUAGCUUUUUGUAUUCUGUUAAGAGAUGAUAGUAUGACAAAAUGCUUAUGUAUUGUAUGUUAGUAUAAUAAGCAGGUGUAUAUUGCAGUUUUUGCAAGUGAUUGCUAAGGAAUGCUGAAAAUGUGUUGUUUAUUUAUAAAACUUGUAAUACUAUAAGGAGCAUUAAUAAUGAAGGCAUUAAACCAGUAGAAACUGAUUAUAGAAAUUUUCAGUCUCAGGUGGUUUUAGUCAGUGAGUCAUUACUUCAUAGAAAUAAUAAUAUUCUGUACUUUAUUUGGUGUUCUCUGUCUUUCAAAUAUUUAAAUCAAGUUUUGGACUACUGAUAAUACUAAUUUGUGGGUUUUGAUCAUUUUUAAGCUCUGAAGCAUUGAAUCCUUCAGUGGUAAUGGACUUAUGGUAAAUGAGAAUUAUCUUUUUAUAGAAAAGGGUGGAAAAUAAGGAUCUUAGAAGGUUGUUGUGAAUGAUUAUGUGCUGACAAAAAUGCUUGAAGUUUUUGUAUUUCUUCAGUUCCCAAGAGGUAAAGUUCAGAUACUUCAAGAAAGGUCUUCUAAUAGCAAAAGCAUGCAGUUCUCUGUGGAAUCUCAAAUAUUGUUAAUAGUCUGUUUCAGUCUUACCUUAAUAUGAUAUAAUAAAUAAAAACAAACAAGA